CCUCUUGCGUUAUCGCCUUUCGCAUCCCCCUCCACCUCGCGUACGCGCACAUACCUCUACCUCUACCCUUCAUCUUCGUUGACGACCCGCGCACACACCAUGUUCUCCCUCCGCACCCUCCUCCUUGCUGGCGCCCUCGGCGCCCCCGCCCUCGCGGCGUCCAUCUCGCCCCGCCAGGCGGCUGACAACAUCGUCUACAUCACGAACCAGAACGACUUCUGCAUGAUCAUGCCGCGCACCAAGCACACGAACGUCGGCGACAGUGAGCACCCGGGCGGGAUGAAGACGUACUGCUCGCCGUCCGGGCACUACGACGACGCGCAGGGCACGCUCCCCGGCGACUUCUGGACGAACGUGGACUUCGUGUCCGGCAAUGGGCAGAAUGGCGGGCGCAUCGCUCAGCUGACGGGCUGCUUCGACCCCAACAAGGUCGACCGCCUGAACGCGUACGACGCCGGCGGGCAGUACGACUCCAGCGGCGGUGCUGGCGAACAGGGGAACCCUCAGGGUAGCGUCUGCCUCGGCUACAACCACUACGUCGAGCUGGUUGAGCCGGCGGGCAACCGCGCCUGCAUUAAGUGCUGCGACGACCCUGCGGACUGCCCUGUCGACAAGGACACCCAGGGGUGCCCGAAUGUGAUCCCCGGAAACUACUUCUGGUGCAAUUGAGGCACUGGCUCUCAGUGCAAGUGAAGAGGCUUCCCGAACAUGAUUACGAACUACCACGGACACUUCAUGAGGACUUCGGACAAAUUAUCUAUCUCCACAAACUAUUGUACAUCUAUCACUAGUAACCUUGGUGUACUCCGGACGCUGUUUGUUCGAUGUGAAGCGGUAGUCGAGCAGGA